AUGCCCAAGGUCAUCCAGCUGAGCUUGGCGGAGGACCAGAGGGUCAGCGUAACCACGGUGACGGUGGGUCUGAGCACGGUGCUGUCGUGUGCCAUCCAGGGCACGCUCCGUCCACCAAUCAUCUGGAAGAGGAACGGCAUCACCCUCAACUUCCUGGACCUGGAGGACAUCAACGACUUUGGUGAUGACGGCUCUCUCUACAUCACCAAGGUGACCACCAUUCACAUGGGCAUCUACAGUUGCCAUGCCUACGGUUACGAGGAACUCAACCAGACACACGUCCUGCAGGUGAAUGUCCCCCCGGUCAUCCUGGUGUACCCUGAGACGCAGGCCCAGGAGCCGGGCGUGUCAGCCAGCCUGCACUGCCAUGCGGACGGCAUCCCCAACCCCAGACUGCUCUGGCUGAAGAACGGCCUGGACCUACUGCCCCACGCCUCCAAACAGCUCUCCCUCAUCGCCAAUGGCAGUGAGCUCCAUAUCAGCAGUGUGAGGUACGAGGACACAGGAGCCUACACGUGCAUCGCCAAGAACGAGGUGGGCGUGGACGAGGACAUCUCCUCGCUGUUCGUGGAGGACUCCGCCCGGAAGACACUUGCAAACAUUCUUUGGCGAGAGGAAGGGCUGAGCGUGGGCAACUUGUUCUACGUGUUCUCCGACGAGGGCGUCACAGUCCUGCAGCCCGGCGAGUGUGAGAUACGCCGACGCAUCAAGAGAACUGAGAGGAUCGUAGCUAGCUAUGAGGAGAUGUGUCCUAAGAGCGAGGGCGUGCAGGCCCAGCGGUGCGUGUGGUCGUCUGCGGUCAGUGUGAGACGCUACGUCUACGUGACCCAGCCCCUCCACAACCGCCUGCUGCUCAUCGACACCCAGACCCAGAGGGUGGUGCAGGCUGUGAAGACUGAUCCAGUACCAAUGAAGCUGCUUUAUGACAAGUCACAUGACCAGGUCUGGGUGCUGAGCUGGGGCAACAUGCAGAAAACACACCCCACCCUGCAGGUGAUCACUCAGGCCAACACGGGGGAGACUCACCGUUGCGUCAGAGCCCCCUUCCAGAGGGUGGACGACAUCUAUCCCCCCACCAACCUUAUCAUCACACAUGUGAGGUUUGGUUUUGUGUUCCUCAAGUCCGAGCCGGCGGUCCACAAGAUCGACCUGGAGACGUUCCACCGCGUGAAGACCAUCAGCCUGAAGAACUACAGCUGCAUUCCCAUUAGCAUGGCCUAUACGCACCUGAGUGGCAUCUACUUCGUCCAAUGCCAAGCCAGGGUGGGUUCCUUAGCCCCGCCCCAGCUGCUCAUUGACAGCGUGACGGACGCUGUGAUUGGCCCCAACCUCAACAUCUCGGGGCGGGCCUUCGUCUCCCCGGACGGCCGCUACGUGGUGACCCCGGACCGGCGCAGGUCAAAGGUCAGAGUCCAGACGGUGUCGUUCCAGGGGGAGCUGAGCCUGACGCUGGAGCUUGCCGCCAGCGCCGUCCCCGUGUCUGACCUGGUCUUCCAGCCCUCCUUCACGGAGGCCAACCAAUACCUGCUGGUGGCGUCUUCCACCUCCGGAACAAACCUCCUCUUCUCCGACCUGUCCUCGGGCCGCUCUGAGGUGCUCCGGAGCCUCAAGGAGCCCCUGGGGCCCCAGGCCUGGCCCUGGGGGGGCCCCAACAGGGCGGUGGUCUCCAGCGGGCUGUUCGGACAGUUCCUGGUGACGCCGUCGGCGGAGUCGCUGUUUGUCCUAGACGGUCAGAGGAGGACACCUCACUGCGAGGUGUCCGGCGUGACGGGGGGGAACACCGUGGUGUGGGUGGGGGAGGUAUGA